GUGCCCCCGAGGCAAUCAGCAGUGGCAGAGCAAAACGCGGGCAGCUGAUUCGGAAGCUCUGCAAAAACCUGGGCCGGCAGCUUCUGCAGCGACCAGAGGAGGAUCCAGGCAGUGAAAAGAAUGAUGAUAUGCUGCCUUGGGCAUUGGGGGAAGAUUUGGAUCGGGAAAUCCAGAAUGCUCAGGGAGGACGGUCUAUGGUCACUGGGCAUUCACAGGCUCCGUGCCCGUCCCACAAGAAAUUGAAAUCUGAAAAGCCUGAAAGAGGGGACAUGAUGGCCGUCAUCGAGGAGGAGCUUUCUGAUUCCGAUGAGUACGGGCCCGAGAUUAUACUGAGUAUUGGUGCGCCAGUGCCGCGACAGAUGUGGAGGGCCGUGACCAGGACCAGUUGUUGGUUUUUGCAGGCAUUUGCUGUGCUCGGUGAGUGGUUGGUGAGGAACGGGGCCGCAACCACAUGA